UUCGUUGGAACUCACCUUCAUCUGGACUUUUUGCCUUGUUCUGUCUCCCUCAUAUAUAUACUAGUAUCUCUUAUAACACCGGUCCUGUGGAUAAAAGAUAAACAAGAUUUACAAAAGAGAUAUCUCUUCCUUGGGCCAGCUUAAUAGACGAAAUUCAGUAUCGACUCUUCCGCCGUUCUGUGCUGCAACCCUCUCCGCUUCCCCAUCUUUGCUAGCGCGCAAAUUGCCGUUAAAUACUUGACUUUCUCCCCGCUCAUUCCUCUCCUCUUUGCUGUUUAAUUCCUCGAUCGAUUCGGCGUACAGAAAUCGGGUAAAGCGAGUAUGACAAGUGACACCUAUUCAGGCAGCCCUUCCGAGCUGAAUGGAACCUCCAUUGAAACCCCUGCGAGGGCUCCCACACCAGUCCAUGAAUUUGGCACACGAGCUGUACAUGCUGGAGCGCAUGUGGACGCUACAACUGGUGCUGUAAUUGCCCCGAUCUCUCUUUCUACAACUUUCGCUCAAGUCGGGGUCGGCAAGCCCAUCGGACAAUACGAAUAUACAAGAAGCGCAAACCCAAACAGAGACCACUUCGAGGAAGCCGUAGCAGCUCUCGAGCACGCUCGAUAUGCCUUGGCCUUCGCUUCCGGCUCCGCAACCACGGCCGUUAUCCUCCAAUCCCUCGCGGCGGGAUCACACGUCAUAUCAGUCUCCGAUGUAUACGGCGGAACCUACCGCUACUUCACCAAAGUUGCCGCCGCCCACGGCGUGCAUGUUACCUUCUCCCCCAGCAUCGAAAUCGACAUUACAGACCUUAUCCGCCCUAAUGACACCAAAUUAAUCUGGAUCGAAAGCCCCUCGAAUCCUACCCUCGGCCUUGUCGAUAUCAGAAAAAUAACCAGCGUUGCCCAUCAGCACGGCAUUAUGGUCGUUGUCGAUAAUACCUUCCUCAGCCCUUAUAUCCAGAACCCGCUCGACUACGGUGCCGACAUCGUCGUGCACUCUGUCACAAAGUACAUCAAUGGCCACUCUGACGUCCUCAUGGGCGUAGCUGUCUUCAACUCUCCAACUCUCCACGAGCGCCUAUCCUUCCUCCAGAACGCUAUAGGUGCCGUCCCCUCCGCCUUCGACUGCUGGCUCGCCCACCGAGGCCUCAAAACCCUCCACCUGCGCGCCCGCGAAGCCUCUAAAAACGCAACGGCCAUCGCCACCGCCCUCGAAUCUUCCCCACACGUCAUCGCCGUCAACUACCCAGGCAUCAAGUCCCAUCCCCAACGCGACAUCGCCCUUAAACAACACCGCGAUGGCAUGGGCGGCGGCAUGCUCAGUUUCCGCAUCAAGGGCGGUGUAGCUGCCGCCGAGCGUUUUUGCCAGGAGACCAAGUUGUUUGUGUUGGCGGAGAGCUUGGGGGGUGUGGAGUCGCUCGUUGAGGUUCCGGGCAGCAUGACGCAUGCGGGCAUCCCGAAGGAGCAGCGAGAGGCAGCAGGGGUGUUUGAGGAUUUGGUCCGGGUCAGCUGUGGGAUUGAGGAUAGUGCGGAUUUGGUAGCGGAUGUCUUGCAGGCGCUGGAGAAGGCGGCUGUGGGGCCUAAAAUUAAUGGGUUGGCGAAUGGCCGGGCAUGAGCGGCCCGCCCAUCGUAUUUUUCUUUGCUUCUAGUCAAUUUUGCUUCUUUUCGUUUACUUUCCUUUGGUGAAUGGGGUUUAUUUGACUGUUUUGUUUCUUCCUUUACUGCCUCCAUCCUUCCUUUUUUCUCUUUUUAUCUGGUGCUUUCCCCCUUUUUUUGGCCGGUCCUCUGCUAUUUGGUAGAGUUACGAAGAAAUGCCCCCUCCUUUUAUUAAUUACCAAAUUUUGCCAAGAUUUACCAUAGAAAUCUUUUUUAUAUUCUUUUGGGGCGCGCCUCCUUUUGUAUGGCGUUGGUCUGACACAGGGCACACUCUACCUUUUCCCCAAACCACCUUUUUCUCUUGAAAAUUUCCUGGAGUUUUGGAUCUGGUGACUUCCAUUCAUUUGUUUAUGUUUGCAUAGGUCAUCCACCUACGGGUAUACAAUUUAAAAGUUUUUCACCACC